GGGAAAAAUAUUCAUAUUCAUUCAAAAGCAAAAACUUAUGGAAUAGAUUAAUUUCAAAUAAUUAUCAAAAAUGUGUGAUCAAUUUUUGAUUUCACAUCACAAAAAUGAAAUCUAUGAUAUUCUGAAAAAUGUCAACGAUAAUCAUCAUUUCUCAAUAAAUAUAAAUUUCAUAGUCUUGUUUGAUAAUGAUCCUAGCCUAGGAAAUAGAGUUCUAAAAGAAGCUGACACCACUUUAGAAGAAUUGAAUAAAGGGGCUCAGCAUGCUCAAAGCAUCUUGAUUUCGGAGUUAGCAAACAAUGGAAUAAGUGCAUCCACUAAAAAUAAUGUUCAUUGUCGCGUCUACGGCUUACCUAUUUGUCCUGAACUUCACAGAAACUUAUUCCCUAAAAACUGCGAUGCAAAUAAAUUUUUACAAAUUUCAGGAACUGUGGUCCGUAUUUCAGCUUCAAAAUUAUUAGAAUUCAAAAGGGAAUAUGUCUGCACUAAAUGCAAAUAUAAAUCAAUGUGCUAUGCUGAAUACGAUAAAAAAAAUAUUAUAUUCCCUCCUAAACAAUGUACGAAUCCAGAAGGAGACUGUAAUAGUACAAAUUUGAUCAGUAAAGAUGAACUGCAGUCUCAGUUUUGCAAGGAUUAUCAAGAAAUCAAGAUACAAGAACAAGUAUCACAGCUUGGAUUUGGUACAAUGCCAAGUUCUAUGUGGGUUACCCUUGAGAACGACUUGGUGGAUUCGUGUAAACCUGGAGAUAAUAUCACAAUAUGUGGUAUCGUUAAAAGAAGAUGGUCCCCUUUUUUAGUAGGAAGAAAGAUUGAUAUUGAGCUCGCAAUCAAAGCAAAUCAUAUUCAAAUUAAUAAUACAUGUGGCCUACCAAAUUUAGUAACACCAGAAAUCAAGGAAUUGUUUAGCCAGUUUUGGGAAACAUACAAAAAUAUUCCUGUGAUUGGAAGGGAUAUAAUCCUGAAGUCAUUUUGUCCCCAGAUAUUUGGUCUCCACAUUGUAAAAUUAGCCAUCGCUGUAGUGUUAGCUGGUGGCAGUCCUGCUAAUCAAGAUUCUUCGACUGGUGUUAGAACAAGAUCAGAACCUCAUUUGUUAUUGGUAGGUGACCCCGGUACAGGCAAAUCCCAGCUUCUUAGAUUCGCCUCAAAAGUUGUUCCUAGGUCAGUUUUAACCACUGGAGUGGUCUCGACAGCUGCCGGCUUGACUGUUACUGCAAUGAUGGAGGAUGGAGAGUGGCAGUUGGAAGGUGGAGCUCUGGUUUUAGCCGAUGGUGGUAUAUGUUGUAUAGACGAAUUUAAUUCGAUGAAAGAGCAUGACAGGACGAGCAUUCACGAAGCUAUGGAACAACAGACUAUAAGUGUGGCUAAGGCUAGUAUAGUGUGCAAACUCAGCACGAGAUGUUCUAUUUUGGCAGCGACGAAUCCAAAAGGAAAUAUAGACCCUUUGCAACCUUUAUGCAUGAAUUUGGCCCUAGCAACUCCACUACUCAGCCGUUUCGAUUUGAUAUUAUUGAUUAGGGAUACCGUUCAAGAGGAAUGGGAUUCUCUAGUGGCCGAUUACAUUCUGAAAGAUCCCAAAGAAAACACUUCCAAAUUCACGAAAAGUGAAGAGUGGAGUUUGGAAAUGCUACAGGCUUACUUCACGAUCAUCAAAAAGAUCCAUCCGCCACUGACGGAAGAAGCCAACAGAAUAUUGGCCAGUUAUUACCAACUCCAAAGGAGACAAAGCAGUCGGAACAAAUCCAGAACCACGGUGAGACUGUUGGACAGUCUGAUCAGACUGUCGCAGGGACAUGCUCGGUUGUUGUUUCACGAGACAGUUGAGGUUGUCGAUGCCUUAACGGCUGUGGUUUUGGUCGAGAUAGGAAUGGGUUAUCAGGAAGAUUCCGUUUUGAAUUUGAACAUAAACGUUCACAGCAGUUUCCCGGACGAUUCGGUUGAGAAUUACGUGGAAUUAUUGAGAAACGUACUCGAUAAGUUGAAUUUAAGCGAUAUUCUCGAUCAAGAGAUGGGUUUAAUACAGUCCCGAAUCAAUUUGUUAGGUUUCGGGAGUAACGUUAGGGCCGAAUCAAAGUAUUUUCAUGAUAGGCAGAACAAAGAUAAUGUAGAAAUUGGCAAAACAAAUAUUCGGGAAGAUGAAAAUGUACACAACGCUGAUAGUGAACCACAAGUAAAUCCUGAAAUGGAAAGAAGUAUAUUUCAAGAUGAAAAUGGAAUAGAUGAUUUAGAUUUGAAUAUUUGAUGUUACUAAAUAAUUUAAUAAAUUUGGAAUACCUUCA